AUGGCAUAUUCGCCAGUUAAAUCAACUGUCUUGUGCGGGUUGGUCUGUCCUAUUCAUCCUCCUCUCCAUCGGCAUCCCUCUUUCCGCUUCGCAGAAAUCCUUGGCUCGGGCGGCAUUCUGGCCUCCGUUGUGCAUUGUGACCUAGCCGGAGCAAAACCACCAUCUUUUCCAGUCUUUGUCGACUUCCCGGCCCGAGGUCGGUCUCGAGGCGAGCUUCGCGUCAGUUCUUCCUCGCCUGACUCCUCCUCUUACGAUUCUUCAGGCCUUUUCGAUGACUCCUCGCAUUCUGAUCCCCUCGUUUUGCAAGCCCACAUCUCAGGAAAAUCUGAACAAAAGCAAGACAAUCUCAAAAAUUAUUUAGGCAGUUCUCAAUGUAUCGUUAUCGGUGACUAA